AUGUCAAGUGUCCAAUUAGAGAGUAAAGUCUUCAAAGAUCGGAUUGAGAAGGUUUUGCUGGCCAUGGAAGGUACGGCCGAAUGUUUGAUGAUUUCAAUGGGUAAAAGAGAAGAUACUUUUUCUUAUGGCAUAAAUACAGCCAUGUUUCUUUAUCUUUUGGGAUAUGAAUUUCCCGAAACAGUUCUGAUUAUCAAAGCGACUGAAGUGUUAGCCAUUACAAGUGCUAAGAAGAGUGCAAUUCUGGAACAGUUAAAAAGUGUGGUUAAUAUUCGUUCUAUCAUUCGUAUGAAAGAUGGGAGUAAUCAAGCCGAUAUCAAUGCAGCUAUCAAGACAGCUAGUCAAGGUCGGCCCAUUGGUAUUUUACAAGAGGAGAGUUCUAAUGUUCUGAGUAAUUGGCAGAUAGUGGUGGAAACAGUUGAUAUUAGUAGUGCUAUUGAGAAAGUGUUUUUAGAGAAAGAUACUGUGCAGAUAGAGACUUUAAGACAGGCUGGAGUUUGUGCAGUAAGUUUAUCUUCACUUUUAGAUAGCAAGAUUAAGCAGAUUAUCAAAACAGACGAUCGAAUUAUUCAUGAGGAGUUGAGUGAGAAGAUUGAAGGUGAUUUGGAAGUGGAGAUAAGAAGACUUCCCAAAGAAAUUGAUCAAUCUUAUCUAGAAUUGUGUUUUAAACCGAUUAUUCAGAGUGGUGGCCGUUAUCAUGUGGAGAGAAGUAGUUUAGGCGAGUUUAAAAACCCGUAUGAGGAACAGUUGUUAUAUUUUGAUGUAAUUAGUUACUAUCUUUGUGCGGGGUAUAAAGGGUACUGUUCUUUAAUAGGACGGACUUUACUGGUUGGUCCUAAUAAGAAGAGUUUAGCCGUUUUGGAUUGUGCUUUGCAAACGAGUAAUUAUCUGGUGCAGGAGAUAAGAACAGAUAAGAGGUUUGGCGAGAUAAGAAAGGCGGCUUUGGAGUUUGUAGCGAAGAGUAUUAAAGUGUCUAGUCCGGCUGAUAAGGAAGAAAUUGUUAAAAAGUGCCGGAUUGAGAUAGGCCAGUCGAUUGGAAUUAGACCGGAAGAAGGGGGUGGUUUACCGGGUGAUGAUCAGCUGCCUAGGAAUGGGAUGGUUUUUGCCAUCUCAGUACAGUUUGUUAGUGUUUUAGGGUUGAUUGAACCGAGUGGGGAGGAAGAGCCUAAAGAAGCUACUAUUCAUUUGGACAACAUUGUUUUGAUUGAUGAUAAUCGGGCCAAGAUUUUGACUCCAUUUAGUGCUUCAGUUCAGGACUAUGUGCUAGAUAAGCCGGUUGAACAAACAAAGCGUACGCAAUUAGGACGGCGGUUGCGUAAUCGUGAUAAAGAGAUUGAAAGAGCUAAUGAAAUCAACGACCAUCAAAAAGAACUGAUGGACGAGUUGAUUGAAGAGCAGUUAGCCUACUAUAAAGGACACGAUCAUCAGUCAAACAACAAGGAAGAUGUAACCGUACAAAAAGUUGUAUCUUAUCAAAAAGAAACCCAAAUUCCAAGAGGAUCACCAGUUAUUAAGAUUGAUAAACGUGUCUCUUCCGUAGUAGUACCUGUUUUUGGCGUUAGUGUACCUUUUCAUAUCGGCAUUAUCAAAACUAUCACCAAAACAGCUGAAGAUGGCAUUGGGUACCUUAAACUAGCCUUUUACACACCACCAGCCGAUCGGCCUUUCCCUAAUAAUCUCUUAUCAAUUGUGAUCAAAGACUCACAAGAGAACAUAACGACGGCCUGGAAGGAAAUCAACAAUCUUAAGAAGGACGAGAAUGAGUCGGAUGAUGACGCCUUGGAAGAGGGAGAGCAAGAAGAACUCCAAACUUCUUCUGAACGAGUUGAAUCCCUCCAGAAUGUUUAUCUUCGUUUUGACCAUCGAGCGGGUGCUAAGAAGAAUGCGGCGAGUACGGUUGAACUACACCGGAAUGGACUGAGGUACCAUAUGAAGUCAGGAGAGUGUGUAGAUGUUUUAUUUACUAAGAUCAAGCAUAUGAUCUAUCAGCCAGGUACAGCUGAGUCUCCUACUAUUCUUUACUUUAAACUCAACUCGCCUAUCUCUAUUCAAGAUAAGAAAACAACCGAUAUUCAAUUCUUCCGUGAUUGCAUUGUUAAUGCCGUGCAUGAUACGCGCAAGACUAGAAACCGACCGGGUGGUGAAGAUGCUGAGAUUUAUGAAGAGGAAGAAGAAGAACGUAUGCGUGAAGAGGUGAACGAUGCCUUCCAUACCUUUGCCGAGAAGGUUUCUUUGCACUCCCGGAUUAUUCUAGAAGAACCUCUUUCCAAAGGCUUCUAUGGAGUGCCUCAUCGGCAGAGUGUUCUGAUUCAGCCUACUUCUGAGUGCAUUAUCAAUGUAACUGAAUAUCCUUUCUUUGUUUUGCCUUUGAAAGAUAUCGAGAUUUUGAAUUUUGAAAGACGAAUUAGUGGUGUAACUACGUGUGAUAUGGUUUUUGUGCUUAAAGAUAAGACAAAGGCUCCUGUUUACAUUCAUGGUGUUUCUUCUUCCUAUGUGCCUUGGUUAAUGGACUAUUUUGAUGCUAAGAAUAUCUGCUUUACCGAAACUAAAGUGAAUAUUCAGUGGAGUAAUGUGUUGAAGAGUGUUUUGGAAGAUCCAGUAACUUUCUAUGAAAGUGGAGCCUGGGCAAUUCUUCAACCAGCCCGAGAACCAGCCGAUGAAGAAGAAGAUCCAGGCUCGGAUGCAGUUGAUUUAAGCACGACAGAAGAAGAGGAGGAUGAAGAUGAAGAGUUCUCAACUAAUGAUGAUUCUGACUUGUCUGAGGAAGAAGAGGAAGAGGAGGAGGAAGAAGAAGAGGAGGGCGAUGAUGAUGAUUAUGCGGAUUCUAAUGAUAAUAGCUUUAUUGUGGAUGAUGAAGAGGAAGACCAGCCUAAACGCAAGAAGGCCAAAUCAUAA